GACGCUCUGCCUCUAGACAAAGAUCUAGGUUCAAUCUAUCUAUGCACACUAUGGUGGUAGAAAUGAAAGUAAAACUUCUAAAACUAGUUUAACUUGUUUCAGUUGCAACGAGAGAGGAGAUAUUGAACAACAUGAAAAUCUUCACUGUUCUCCUUUGUUUAAUUCCAUAUGCAGGUGUGCUAGGAUUCCUACAGGUGCAAUGGCUGCGCUGUCAACUGACAGAUGAGUAUGUAUGGACAAAUGCUGAGGGACACAUUGAAAGUAAUAACAGCUACAGAGAUGCCGUGUUGCAGUUUGACAACUCUGGGAACAGCGCUUUGUUGUCUGACUCAAUCACAUUCCUUGUUGUAGCAUCUAAGGUGGAUAUGAGGAAGUUUGUGGAGGGUCCGGUGGAUCGACUGCAGUGUGACAUCCACAGGUACAGCAAAGGGAUGAGCCGUGUGCGCUGGCCAAGCCUGGGAGGAACGGGGCACGACAUCUGGUUCACCUGCACACUGCGGCACACCGCAGGCCUCUUCAACAUCACCUCCUUCCUCAGAGUCACCACGGCCACGACCAUGUCGGCCCACCAGCCAGACUUCUUCAGCUGGCUCACCAUCGGAGUUAAAGAAAAAAUAAGCGCCUCAGCUGUGAUGGUGCUUAUGACCCGCUCUCCAUCCGUGCGGGUGGGUCUGCAGAAAGAGACGACCCUGCACUGUCAGUUUGCCGUGGACCACAAGGUCCCUCACCUUACAGUCGAGUGGCAUUUUCAGCGGCGCGGAGGGCGCCGGACCAAGCUGUUCAGCUACUCCAGCCGCUCAGGUCAGACAGAGGGCAGCGGGGUGGCAGUGAAGGGCAUUGCCGAGGGGGAUGCCUCCCUGACUGUGCCCAUCACCAAAGUGAGCAGUGAGGGGUCGUACGUGUGUUCCGUCCGCGUACCCCCACUCAACGGGAGUGUGGACAUCGCUCUGCACAUCAUAGAGCCUCCUGAUGUUUCCUUGACCACAAAGGAGGAGCAGAUCCCCAGCAUAGUGUGUGAGGCUAAUGGCUUUUACCCCUUGGAUGUGGAGAUUGACCUUUUCAAGGAGACUAGCAGUGGUCAACGGCCUGAGAAGCUGGGGAACAUCUUGCACUCUAGUCACCUCCAACAUCAUGACAAUACUCACUCUGUGGCAGCCUUCAUCCGGCUGCGGCCCUCCCCUCAGGACUCGGGGUGCGCAAUAUAUUCCUGUAGAGUGUCACACGUCUCCCUGCAAGGUCUGUACAUCCACAAGAGCAUUAUCGGCCCAGGCUGUUGGACUUGGAUUCAUCUGACCUUGCCUGGACUGGUAUGCCUGAUUUUUCUGAUAAUUUUCAUAGGUGAGCCUUUCCUACUCUGUGGACAUAAUCAUUGAGUCACUGCUAGAAUGAUUGAUAGUUCACUCAAAUUAUAAAAUAUCCUUUUGGUUUCUUUAACCUGUAAACUUGUUCAAUGGAUUAGUGUUGAUUAACUGUGAGGACAAAUUAUUUUCUUUCACAGCAGUAACAAGACGGCGUUAUUUUUAACAAGACAGUACAAAGACGAUAAAAGAAAGACGAAACAAGAAAGACUCCACCUCCUUGUCCCCCUUUUGCUGCUCAGUGGGUCAAAUGUUUCUGGUAAGCUUCCUGAGCGGCAUGACGGCUGAGUGAUCCCAUGGUGUUUAUACUGUCGUACUAUUGUUUGUACAGAUGAAUAUGGUACCUUCAGGCAUUUGGAAAUUGCUCCCAAGGAUGAACCAGACUUGUGGUCUGCAAAAUAAAUUCUGAGGUCUUUUUCUGAGGCUGAUUUCUUUUGAUUUUAUAAUAAUGUCAAGCAAAGAGUGUCGUGGUAAUUUCCUGUAUUACUAAGUGAAAGGAGAGUUUACAAACCACACACAAGUCAGAGUUAUACUUUAAACUUAAUCUUUUAAUAAUAUGAGCUUCACCAUAGCCCUUUGACUCUCAGAUCAAUUCAGUGUCUAAAUGAACAACUGAGAUCUUUUAUAGCAAAGAUCCACCCCUAUCAACUCACAAUGACGAACCACAGGUCUUAGGAAAACUGCACAAUGGAAGACUUUUACUUGAGAGAGGAGUAUCCCAUAGCCAGUGUCAUGACGUUGGCCUCUUUGGGUAUAGAAAGCCCAUCCCCCUCUCCCUGCCUCCCUC